UCGAUUCUCUCUGGAAUCUCAGUGCGGGCGAGAGCGGUGGUAAACAUGGCGUCGGAAGGGAUGAUUUUAACCAACCACGACCACCAAAUUCGAGUCGGAAUUCUAACGGUGAGUGACAGCUGCUUCAGGAACCUGGCUGAGGACCGCAGUGGAGUAAACCUUAAAGAUCUGGUCCACGACCCGUCACUGCUCGGAGGCAUCAUAUCUUCCUACAAAAUAGUCCCAGAUGAGAUCGACGAGAUUAAGGAGACAUUGGUGGACUGGUGUGAUGAGAAGGAGCUGAACCUGAUCCUGACCACAGGAGGUACAGGCUUCGCCCCUCGUGAUGUCACUCCCGAGGUACAUGGGGACCCCAAAGUUUGUGUUUGUGUCCAUGCCACCAGAGAGGUGAUAGAGCGCGAGGCCCCAGGGAUGGCGCUGGCUAUGCUGAUGGGCUCCCUUCAGGUCACACCUCUGGGCAUGCUCUCCAGGCCUGUCUGUGGAAUCCGAGGGAAAACCCUCAUCAUCAACCUACCUGGCAGCAAGAAGGGCUCACAGGAGUGUUUCCAGUUCAUCCUGCCCGCUCUGCCCCACGCCAUUGACCUGCUGCGUGACGCGGUGGUGAAGGUGAAGGAGGUUCACGAUGCCCUGGAGGACCUGCCCUCACCCCCGCCGCCCCUCUCCCCGCCUCUCACCCUCAACAGCGUCGCCUGCACCCAGACAGAGGAGAAGGGUGUGCAGUGUGAGGAUGAUGAAGAGGAGAAGAUGAAGGACAUCGGGGCGGCGUCCACCGAGGACCACCACCACACCCACUCCCACCACCGCCACUCCCAUUCCCACGGACACAACUCGCACAUCACCGCCGCCGCCAUCGCCGCCAAGAAGGGGAAGCCCCAGCAGCACCAUAACCAUGCUGUUGUCAUGGCAAAAGGUAGCCACUAUCUACCUGGCCUGCUAUCUGACCUCCCCCCAGCCCCACGUAAUUUCACCUGCUCCUGCUCUGGAGACCAGCCGGGAACGAUCCCAGACAGCAUCAUCUCCAGGGGUGUACAGGUUCUUCCCAGAGACACAGCCUCUCUGAGCACCACACCCUCUGAGUCGCCACGCGCCCAGGCCACCUCGCGCCUCUCCACCGCCUCCUGCCCCACACCCAAAGCCGCACGGAGAGAGUUCAGGGCUCACCUGGAUGAGGUCACCACGCUCCAGUCUAGGUACUCUACCUUGGACCAGGUUCAGUCGCGGUGUGGCAGCAAAGAGAACAUCCUGAGAGCUAGUCACAGUGCAGUGGACAUCACCAAGGUGGCCCGUCGGCACCGCAUGUCUCCCUUCCCCCUCACCUCCAUGGAUAAGGCCUUCAUCACUGUACUGGAGAUGACCCCUGUGCUCGGCACUGAGAUCAUCAACUACAGAGCUGUUCCACCUGACCCAGAUGCUCUCCAUUCCAUCCUGUCUAUCGAUGGGAUGGGUCGAGUCUUGGCGCAGGACGUUUACGCCAAAGACAACCUGCCUCCAUUCCCUGCGUCAGUCAAAGAUGGCUAUGCCGUGCGAGCGGCUGAUGGUCCUGGGGAUCGCUUCAUCAUUGGAGAGUCACAGGCAGGACAGCAGCCCACCCACACGGUGAUGCCGGGUCAGGUGAUGAGGGUGACAACGGGGGCUCCUAUCCCCUGUGGGGCGGAUGCUGUGGUGCAGGUGGAGGACACUGAACUGCUCCGGGAGUCUGAGGACGGCACAGAAGAGCUGGAGGUGCGGAUCUUGGUACAGGCACGCCCUGGACAGGACAUCAGGCCUAUAGGUCAUGAUAUAAAGCGUGGGGAGUGUGUCCUGUCCAAGGGAACCCACAUGGGCCCCUCUGAGAUUGGCCUGCUGGCCACCGUAGGAGUCACUGAGGUGGAAGUGCAAAAGUUCCCCGUGGUGGCUGUCAUGUCCACUGGCAACGAGCUGUUGAACCCAGAGGAUGACCUGCACCCAGGGAAAAUCCGGGACAGUAACAGAUCUACACUGCUGGCCACCAUUCAGGAGCACGGAUAUCCUACCAUCAACCUGGGCAUCGUCGGAGACAACCCAGACGACCUCCUCAAUGCCCUGAACGAGGGCAUUAGCCGUGCUGAUGUCAUCAUCACCUCAGGGGGCGUGUCCAUGGGAGAGAAGGACUACUUGAAGCAGGUGCUGGACAUUGACCUCCAUGCCCAGAUCCACUUUGGACGGGUCUUUAUGAAGCCAGGUCUUCCCACCACGUUCGCCACUGUAGACAUUGACGGGGCACGGAAACUGAUAUUUGCUCUACCAGGUAACCCAGUGUCUGCUGUCGUCACCUGUAACCUCUUCGUCAUCCCUGCUCUGAGGAAGAUGCAGGGGAUCCUGGACCCUCGACCCACCAUCAUCAAAGCCAGGCUGUCCUGCGAUGUAAAGUUGGACCCUCGUCCAGAGUACCACCGCUGCAUCCUGACAUGGCACCACCAGGAGCCUCUGCCAUGGGCACAGAGCACAGGAAAUCAGAUGAGUAGUCGACUGAUGAGCAUGAGAAGUGCCAACGGGCUGCUGAUGUUGCCUCCUAAAACAGAGCAAUACGUGGAGCUGCAUAAAGGAGAGGUUGUGGAUGUGAUGGUCAUAGGACGACUAUGAUGAUGUCAUCUUACAGGGACAGAUAGAUAGACAGGAAGAGGAAGUGGUGCAUGUCCACAUAUCAUAACUAUUCUGUAAUAUGUAACGGCACAGCUAGUUUUUAUUGAUUUGGAUAAUAAAGUUGAUCAAGUAUAAUUAAUCACGAACACAAAAUAAAUGAGUACAUACAUUGAUCAUGAAAAUAUUAAUUUGAAAAGAUCAUUGUAUUUCAAAGACAAAAUGUAAUACCUUUUAAAAGUGGAGAAAAAAAAAUAUAUAAAACAUAAGAGAUUUAUUCUGUAAUAUAUUAUAUUAUUAUUAUAAGUAUCAUGAUUAUUAUGAUAAUUAUUAAUAUUAUAUUAUCAUAUUAAGCAACUCUUGUUUCUCUUUCAUCCUUGCAAUUGCUUUGUGUGUUCAACCCUAGACCUUAUAGAUAGAUAGCAGUAGCAUUUCAAUAGGAAGCUGUAGGUGCUUAACAGGAUUAAAAAAGAAAGCCUAUUUUCUUAUCUCACAAAAAGGUUAAAAAUACAUCUUUUUUUUUUACAACGAAAACCCUUUUGAGAUUGUCAGAAGUCCCCCUUGGUCUAUGUUCCGAUUCUCCACCCUUCUCCUAAAGUGUGCACUUGCACACUCCCAGUCAUUUAAAUGCAUGGGUUUGGUGUAGGCAUUGGCUGGAGGGAGUUUCCACCAUUUGCUAAAUCAAUGCAAGAAAGUAUACAGGAAAAGAGUGGAGAAUCAGGAUGUAACCUUGGUGCUCUGGCUUGAUAGGAGGAGUGCUUUCAGGAUCCUGAGGGUGCCUUUAGGUGACAGCUAUCUUUACCUCCCUUUAGUAUUCUUCUCUUCUAUGCCACAUUAUAUGGGCUUCAUUAUGCUUCAUAAUGGCUUCACACAGCUUUGCUUGUCGUUUAUCUUGUGAGUCGUGUUUAUGUGCGCAGUGCCAAAAGUGUCCGGCAUCAUGAUGAGAACUGGGCCUGUAUUUAUAAAGUGGCUCUGAGUAGGAGUGCUGAUCAAGGAUCAGGGCCCGUAUCCACAAAGCAUCUCCGUGUAAGAGUCCUGAUCUAGGAUCUGUCCAUAUAAUCUUAUUCAUGAUGAUCUAAAAUACAAAACGGAUCCUAGAUCAGAACUCCUACUCUGGGAUUCUAAGCAUUUCGCCUCACCUGCUUUAACAUCUGCUAAUCUGUGUACGUGACAAAUUAACUUUGAUUUGAUUUUUAUUUUAGAUGCUUUGUGGAUGCAGGCCCAGGUCCCCCCGGUCUAUAUAAUCUUAUUAAUGAUGAUAUAUAAAACUAAACUGAUCCUAGAUCAGCACUCCUACUCCUUUAUGAAUACAUUAAAGGUGGAGGAAGUCAGCGGCCCCGCUUCGUCAGUCUAACCUCACCUGGUACUAAAGUCCCACCCAGAGAUAUGUAUAUCCUGGCUCUGGUUCCACCCUGUCCCCUGCCCUUCUACUCUACCAACACCCCACUCUCCCCCCACCCUCACCCCUCCAGGACUGCUCACCUCACACACACUAGUACAGAUAGGUGAGGGAACUGGAGUAGGGAGAGAACUUUAUUUUAUUUGUUUAAUUUCAGAAGGAAGAAACAGCUUAUUUAAAGUGCUGACUGCCUUUUUAACAACUAUUAAAACAAUGUACAGAAAAAUAAAUAAAUAAAAAAGAGUGAUAUUGUACAGAUAUUAUGGUGACCAGCACUCCUAAAGAAAUUAAUGAAGCAAUGAGGAGAUAUUGAACUCUGUACUAUAAAAAAUUCUGUAACAAUAUUGAUGAAACUGAUGAAAAAUUAAAAAUCCUUGAUCAUUA